AUGAUGGAUUUUGACGAGAGGGUUUCUGUUGGCUCAAACAUGUAUCUGCCCAGCUGCACGUAUUAUGUUCCGGGGGCUGAUUUCUCCACGCUGCCCUCUUUUCUUUCCCAAAGUCCGUCUUCUCGUUCCGUACCCUACUCUUUUUCUUCUAACCUGCCUCAGGUACAGCAUGUCAGGGAGGUUACAUUCCGGGACUAUGCUAUUGACGCUUCUAGUAAAUGGCCUCACCGGGGUCCAUUGGCUCAGUGUUAUCCGCCGGAGGACAUAGUACACAGGGAGUGUUUAGCAACACCGACGACUGUUGGUGAGAUAUUCCCCAAGAAUAAUUCAUCUGCAUAUUACCACACAUCGCAUGCGAGCUCCGCGUCCAAUUUCUACGGCGGUGGUGGAAGAAACGGGGUGCUGCCUCAAGCAUUUGACCAGUUUUUCGACGCAGCCCAUGUGGGCUCGGACAGUGCGCCGAACAGCGACUAUGCAGCGAGGGAUAAACAGCACUCCAGUAAACAGGCAACGCCAGUCCCCGCACCGGAGCAGGAGUCUGAAGAAAAGGAGCGACAGGAGACCAGUAGCCCCGAAUCUUCUUCUGGCAACAACAAUGAGGAAAAGACCAGCGGUGCGAACAGUGGACCCAGGGUUCGCAAGAAGAGAUGUCCCUAUACAAAAUUUCAACUCCGAGAGCUCGAAAGAGAGUUUUUCUUCAGUGUGUAUAUCAACAAAGAGAAGCGACUUCAACUCUCACGGAUGCUUAAUCUCACCGAUCGGCAAGUGAAAAUUUGGUUCCAAAACCGGCGCAUGAAGGAAAAGAAGCUUAAUCGAGACCGAUUGCAAUACUAUACAAACCCGCUGCUGUAGGACAAGGAAAUGCCAAAAAUGCACAAACACAACAGCGGCAUUAAUGAUAUCACAAAUGAUACGAUACUGAUGA